CCCUUUCUUUUCUUUCCUUCUUCGGUUUUGGUUUUGGUAUUGGUUCCUCUCGCUCUUCAGUUCCCACCCUUCCUCUCAUUUCUUGUCCGUCUCUCAAGAUUACCAACCAGCACCGGCGCCCCCAGCCACAGCCAGCCCCUCAUCUGACUCCUCUGGUUGGCGGAACGAAACGAAACGAAACCAACCGGAAGGAAAGAAAAUGGCGACCUGGCUAUCACUUCCUGGCGGGCCUACCCUCAAAUCCAUGGAGCUCUCCUCUGCUAGAUCGGCUUCAUUUGGUCACACCCCAUGCUUAGCUGCCCGGAGGAAACUAAAACAAUUCGGAGACAAGAACAGGCUGUCUGUUCGUGCCGACUCGUACCGUGAUGGUGGUAGAGGUGGAGGCAGUGAUUUUCUUGCUGGUUUCCUUCUGGGAGGUGCUGUUUUUGGAACUUUGGCUUAUGUGUUUGCUCCGCAGAUUAGAAGAUCACUGCUUAAUGAAGAUGAAUAUGGGUUCCGAAGGGCCAAACGACCAAUAUACUAUGAUGAAGGCUUGGAGAAGACCCGGCAGACCCUGAAUGCCAAGAUCAGCCAACUCAAUUCUGCCAUUGACAAUGUCUCUUCCCGUUUAAGGGGUGGGAACAAUUCACCAACUGUUCCAGUGGAGACCGACCCUGAAGUGGAAGCUACUAUGUAGGUCGCCUCCAUGUCCUCGAUCAUCAUCAAGUGCGAAGAGUUUAAUCUCUCGAGAGGUCUGAAUCCAUGGAGGCAGAGAUUUUCUUUCCCCCGCUCCACUGCAUUUCCUACUAUAAAUAGUUGAUACUGUUUCCCUACUUUAGCUUGGAGGUUGUAUUUGAUGUUCUGACCUGAAAUUUUCUGAGUGCUAAAGCAAUCAAAAGAGCUUGUGCAUUUGGAGGUGAUAAGCCUGCUCGCCCUUUCACAGAAUUUAGCAGCGCCACUUAUUCAUCUGACUAUCCAACUUUUGUUCUUUAA